AUGUCACACAAGGGGCUAACUGAAAUAAAAGAAGAAGAAGGAAAACCAUUACUAAUUUUAGCAGAGGUGGUUCCCUCUUUUCGGCCGGGUAGGCCGAGUGAAGGAGUUCUUGGUCCUUCUUCUUGUAGAUUGCGUAGGCAUGCCACCACCAAGCCACUGACUGGCUUGAAUGGAAAAGGUCGGAUUGUUGUGUUCGCGCUUCUGACUUCUAACCAGCCGAUUGAUCAACCAAGCAAGGAACCUCCUCUUAGCCUAGGUUCUUUCACUUCCUCAGAAUCGAGGAUGACGAGAAUUGAAGUGCGAUAA